AUGGAGGCUCAUGCUACGUCCGCUCAACAAGCAAGUGCCCCUCCUGAUAGUGCCAAUCAUGCCACAGUCACUGAAUCACAGGAAAAGAGUGAAGAAACCACACAGACUACCGCAUCGGAAACAGAGUCGAAUUCGACUGACAGCAGCGCGAUCGAAAGCAAAGCCUGGGGUCCGUGGGGCAGUGGUGCGCCGUGGGGCAAUCUCUUUUCAACAGCUACGAAAUUCGCGGGACAUGCCCGUGAUGAGAUUGGUCGUCGGACCGCAGCCAUCUCUCAAACAAAUGCUGGCAAAACAGGACAUUCCACCGACCAGCAAAUUUAUGACCUAGGCGCAAUGAUGGCCAAGCGUGUUCGUGGCCUUGUACAUGAUGCACAUCUUGACCAGUUAGGGCAGAAUUUGAGUGAGGCUGGCCGCAAGGGCUGGAAUGAUAUUAUGAAUGCAGUGGCGCUUCCUGUCGAAGUGCACGACUCGGUAAAUGUGACGGUCAGCCACGAGCAUCUGGUUUUCAACGUCCUCUCGCGCGCACUGUCACAAGCUGAUAUGGAUAUAUCUGUCGAACUCGACGAAGCAUCUGCACACACAAAAAAGGGAAAUGUCUAUGAUUUGAAUGCUGCGAAGACGCGAGCGGAAGGUAUCCAGGUCGCGAGGAAAAAUUUGCAUCGUAUUAUGAACAAGUCGCUCAAAGACAGGGACAUGUCGGAAAAGAAGAGUCUGACAUUUUUGACUUGCCCAGUGCUCUUGCGCAUCCAACCUUUUCUUGAUGAUGUAUUCUCUGGCGACGAAGAAGACUUGUUUGCCGCUACGGAUGGUGAAGAGACAAGUGAUUCCAAAAGUCAAACCAGGCUGUACCUUCCUGGUGGUGCCCUAAGCGAUGUCAUCGAGGGUGCUGUGGCGACAGUAGCACAGGUACGCUCGCUUGACUGA